AACGCCGUCACUCUUCUUCGCUCUUAGUAGUUAGUGGUCUCUGUGAGCUCUCACUCACUCUCUCUACAGAAGCUUCCGCAGCAACCACUUUCCGAGCGAGCAGGAGAUAAAUUAUCGCUUCUUAUCACUAAUCGCCGGAGUAGUUUACCGGAGAUUCAUAGAUCUUACAAUCUCCGACGACCUAGAUUUCUCUCUUUUUUAUUUUAUUCCAUUCCGAUUAGGUCAGGGAUUAUAACUUAUUUCUAUUAUUAAUAUUAAUUAAUUAUAUAUAUAAGCAUGGCUUCGGUGGAUGUGAAAACCGGUGAAUCAGCUGUUACGAAGAUCGUUAAUCUGGAAGAAGCGAAGCUCGCUAGAGAAGGAGUUGUUAAGUCUCCAAACUAUGCCAUCGGUAGCAUCUGCAAGUCUCUCGUCGCCGGUGGAGUCGCAGGAGGAGUAUCACGAACAGCAGUUGCUCCACUGGAACGAAUGAAAAUUUUGCUGCAGGUCCAGAAUCAUCAAAGCGUAAAAUACAAUGGAACAAUACAGGGCCUAAAAUAUAUAUGGAGAACUGAAGGAUUCCGUGGACUGUUUAAGGGAAAUGGUACUAAUUGUGCUCGAAUUGUCCCAAAUUCUGCAGUGAAGUUCUUCAGUUAUGAGCAAGCUUCUAAAGGCAUAUUGCAUCUGUAUCAGCAGCAAACUGGAAAUGAGAAUGCUCAACUGACUCCUGUUUUACGUCUUGGAGCUGGAGCAUGUGCUGGAAUAAUUGCUAUGUCUGCCACUUAUCCUAUGGAUAUGGUCCGAGGCAGGAUAACUGUACAGACUGAGAAAUCCCCUUAUCAGUACAGAGGAAUGUUCCAUGCUUUGUCUACUGUGCUUAGGGAAGAAGGUCCACGGGCUUUAUAUAAGGGAUGGCUUCCUUCAGUAAUUGGAGUUGUUCCUUAUGUAGGUCUCAACUUUGCUGUCUAUGAGUCCCUAAAAGAUUGGUUGAUUAAAUCCAGACCAUUUGGUCUAGUCCAAGAUUCUGAGUUGAGUGUGACAACACGCCUAGCUUGUGGUGCUGCUGCUGGAACCAUUGGACAAACUGUCGCUUACCCUCUAGAUGUCAUUCGUCGAAGAAUGCAGAUGACCGGCUGGAACAAUGCUGCUUCUGUUAUAACUGGUGAUGGAAGAGGCAAAGCCCCACUUGAAUAUACUGGAAUGGUUGAUGCUUUUAGGAAAACUGUUCGCCACGAGGGGUUUGGUGCAUUAUACAAGGGUCUGGUGCCCAAUUCUGUAAAGGUGGUCCCAUCCAUAGCUCUUGCAUUUGUAUCAUAUGAGAUGGUGAAGGACAUUUUAGGAGUGGAGAUCAGAAUAUCAGACUAAAGUUUGAUAACUCAGUAUUAUUUGUUUACCUGGUGUGGUUUACUUCUUUUUUUUGAUAGGCAAGGGGAUGCAGAGAUGGUAACUUAAAAUUAUUUUCUUGUUUUCAUCUCCAAGGAUGAGUUUAGAACUCUAGAGUUAGUGUAUAAAUUUAUUCCCUUGUUUCUGUUUGUUUUCUUUGAGAACGUGCUGUAGUUUCCAGCUUCUUAUUCAUCUUCCAUGUCAAUAAGUGUUGUGGAAAAACAAUGCAAGGACAUAUUUGCCUAGCUUUCUGCACUAGUUAAGAAAGCAUUUUUCUUAGUGGAAUCGAAUGUGAUUGAUAUUUGCGUGCCCCA